AUGGGGGAGUGCGGGGUGGCGGCCGGCGCCCAGCUGCUGCUCCGCGCCUGCGACCAAGGCGACUGCGAGGGCGCCCGCCGGCUGCUGCUGGGCCCGCCGGCGGCCUCCGGGGCCGGCGAUGAAGCGGCGGCGGAGCCCGGCAGCUGCGCCGCCGCGCCCGGCGGGUCUGGAGCUGCUGCGUCGGGCCUGCCGCCGGGCUCGGUGCCCGUGGACUGCGCCGACGAGGCCGGCAACACGGGGCUGCAGUUCGCGGCGGCCGGCGGCCACGAGGAGCUGGUGGGCUUCCUGCUGCGGAGGGGAGCCUCGGUGCAGAGCCGCAACCACUGCGGCUGGAGCCCGCUCAUGCAGGCGGCCAGGUUUGGACAUCUGACUGUGGCUCGCAUCUUGCUAGAAAACGGCGCUGACCUUAAUGCACAGAACAAACUGGGAGCCAGCGUACUUACAAUGGCUUCUAGGGGUGGUCACGUCAGUGUGGUGAAGUUGUUGCUGGAAUCGGGCGCUUACGUUGAUAAUUACGACCACUUGAGUACUAGCUGGGAUAACAACAAAGAGGAAUUGCCAGCUAUCACCCCCCUUAUGGCAGCUGUCCAGCACGGGCAUGAGGCAGUGGUCCAUCUUCUGUUGGACUGGGGAGCGGAUUGUAAUUAUACUGUGAAAACGAUGGGUUGGACUCCCCUAAUGUUGGCGGCUGUUAGUGGAAGAGUGAGCUUGGCUCAGCAGCUUAUGAACAAAGGAGCCAAUCCCGAUCAUCUGAACACACUGCAUAAAACACCAUAUGAAAUAUCUGUUGACUUCAAACAUGAAGAUAUGAUGGAUUAUUUGGCACCUUUAACAACAGUUAGACCUCAAACAGAUAAACAGAAGAGGCAACCAGAUAUCUUCCAUGCCUUGAAAAUGGGGAAUUUUCAGCUGGUUAAAGAGAUUACAGACGAAGACCCUGCACAAGCCAAUGUAAUUAAUGAUGAUGGUGCUUCUCCACUGAUGAUUGCAGCUGUAACUGGACAGUUGCCUCUUGUACAGCUGCUUGUUUCAAGAAACGUGGAUAUUGACAAGCAAGAUACUAUCCAUGGCUGGACAGCACUUAUGCAGGCCACAUAUCAUGGAAAUAAAGAAGUUGUUAAGUAUUUAUUAAAUCAAGGAGCUGAUGUCAACCUGCGUGCCAAAAAUGGAUAUACAGCCUUUGACCUGAUAAUGCUGCUGAACGAUCCAGAUGCGGAACUCGUGCGGUUGCUAGCCUCAGCCUGCAUGCAAGUUGAUAAGGAAAAGAGCAAGCAGAACAACAAAUCAGCUGUGACUUCUUCAAGAAAUAAGCAAACUGUAGAUAUUCCAGUGUUGCCUGAUGACAAGGGAGGACUGAGGUCAUGGUGGAACAGGAUGUCCAAUAGAUUUCGCAAGCUGAAGUUGACCCAAACUUUAAAUCAUGGAUUCUCCAUCAAUCCAGCUGUACCUUUUCCAGAAGAGUCAGCAUCGCCAUUUGAUUGCACAAUGAAGGCCACGUUACCAAGUGAUAACACUGUAAAUUACGAUGCCAUUACAGCUUGGGCAACAAAGAGCAAGGCUAAUGGUAUAGGAAGCACAAAGGGAGGAAAGGAUGACGAAUUGCUGACAACAGUGCUAAGAAGUGGGGCUCCAUUUACAAGGCUGCCUAACGACAAACUGAAAGCUGUUAUUCCACCUUUCUUGCCCCCAUCAAGUUUUGAGCUGUGGAAUUCUGACAGGACGCAACCAAGCAAGGAUGGUAGCAGAGAGCAGACAAGGCUUGGCCUUCCACACCGAGCGACCAGUCCUGACAAUAAUGGCGGCGGAAGUUCCGACAAAGGAAGAGAAGCAUCCUUAAGUAGAGGAACGAGACCCAUUAAACUAUCAGCCUUUGCAAGAAGACCUCCUACUCCCUCCACCUCAAGCAACUUCAACCAUUCCCCCCACUCUUCUGGUGGAUCUAACAGCAUAGCCGGAGUUAGCAGACAUGGUGGAGAAAUGCAUAAUAAAUCAGGUGGCAGUGCCGAUAGUGUUUUGUCUCAAAUUGCUGCUCAGAGGAAGAAAGCUGCUGGUAUUCCUGAACAUAAACCAAGCCAACAGCAAGUGCCAAUAGGCCCAGCUCCUUCACCCUGCCCUCCUGACGUGGAAAGUGCACAGACCAUUGGCAAUGGACACAUUUUAAAGAAGUUGGAUGUGAACAAAAAGCCUCCAUCUGAAAAUUCGUCUACUUCUAAAAGCACAUCCCCAACUCUUACGCCGUCACCAUCACCAUCUGCAUCCCCCAAGGUUCAAAGUGCAGAGUCCUCGCUCUCCUCUUCUCACAGGCAAGGGAAAAGUAGCGGUGGCUCCAGCAGUGGAACUUUGACAGAUGAAGAUGAACUCACAGGCAUCCUUAAAAAACUCUCACUGGAGAAGUAUCAGCCUAUUUUUGAAGAGCAGGAGGUGGAUAUGGAGGCUUUUCUCACCCUCACGGAUGGUGAUUUGAAGGAACUGGGAAUUAAAACUGAUGGUUCUCGACAACAAAUUCUGGCAGCUAUUUCAGAGCUGAAUGCAGGAAAGGGCCGAGAAAGAAAAAUUUUACAGGAGACCAUACACAACUUUCACUCUUCCUUUGAAAGCAGUGUUAGCAACACUAGCCCUGGAAAACCUCAGUCACCUGGUUGCUGGGUGAGGCCACAAGAACCUUCUCCUACUAAGAGGUAG